CGUUGUCCGGGUGCUGCAGAAUUUAGCGUGGGCGGGGUGCCCGGUCUGAAAAGGUCUGGCGGAAACCAGUAUUUGAUUCUGACCAUCUUUAAGUUUGCAACUGGACUGAACCUGCUACCUCUUUUAAUAUUGUCAUGCUGUGAGGAGCAAUAUUGGCCUGCUGGUCAUGUGUGUGUCUGUGACAGCAGUGGUGCAAACAUGGUGAUUGCAGAAUAUCAAUACAACACGUUUUCACAUUAUAUUAGGAAGUGAUAUUAACUUAAAAACAUGUUUUUAUAGAUAAGGUAGCAUAAAACACAGCCAAGGACCAUAUUACUGCACAGUUAGCACUUUAAACAUGGAUAAGUCAGCUUCGCUUUGACUUCGUACUGAAGGUGUUUCAAUGCAGGGCUUUUAUGUAGUUUUAUACUGUUAGUACGACGAGUUACUGGGGUGGAGCUGUCUGCAGUGGUGCACAAUGUACAUGUGCACUACUGCAGACAAGUGCAUGAUGGGCUACAAUUAAGAAGUAACCCUGCAACAGGCAUGCUGAAUAUUCAGGUUCAGCUGGAGUGAGAAGUAUACAAUGAUAGCUUUUAUUUUGAAUUACUUUCUUGUACUGUUGACACAAUACAGUAUGCAAAAGAGGUGAGCAGCUCUGCUCAGAGGUUUCCUGCCCAUAGAAUCAUGCUUAUGCAAUAUCGUGAUUAAGCAAUAUAAUAAUGUUCUAUAUUGGUGAAAUAACAUUUUAAGUUUGGUUUCAAAUAGAUGUUAAUGAUGCAUAUAUUCUUCUCAGCUAAACAGAUUCAGAGAUGGCUGAUGGUGGCUGCUGCUCAAAGGAGUCAUCCAGAAGGAAGUUGCGAAUCAUUCCCCAACAUGAUGCAGAGAAAUAUAUACAACUUCAAGCUGACAAGCCUGGUCUCAGAGAGGCAUUUGUGAACUCUCACAAAGGGCGAGGUGUUUUUGCUUCAAAACCUUUUAGCAAAGGAGAUUUCAUCGUGGAGUACAGAGGGAAACUUCUUAGUCAAGACAGUCUUUCAGUCAUUGAGACCUACAGUGAGACCCAAGCAGCGUACCUCUUUGAUUUUCAGUGGAAUGGGAAAAUGUGGUGCCUUGAUGCAUCUCUGGAGGACCAUUCACUUGGGAGACUAGUCAAUGAUGAGCACAAGAAUCCAAACUGCAAAAUGCGGACAGUCCAAGUGGAUGGGAUACCUCACCUCUGCCUAUUUGCAAACAGAGAUAUUGUACCAGGGGAAGAACUUGCAUAUGAUUAUGGUGAUUCAGAUUGGCCUUGGCGCAAACAGAUACCCCCCUCUCCUGUGGCCACGUCAUCAGUAGAUGACGACAUGACCAGCAAACAUUUGUCAGCGGCUCCUGUUGAGCAUGUGGAGACAUCCUCUUCCUGUGCUAACAUGAUUCAGAUACCCCCUUCUUCUGUGGCCACGGCGUUCAUGGAUGACGACAUGACCAGCAAACAUUUGUCAGCGGCUCCUGUUGAGCAUGUGGAGACAUCCUCUUCCUGUGCUAACAUGAUUCAGAUACCCCCUUCUUCUGUGGCCACGGCGUUCAUGGAUGACGACAUGACCAGCAAACAUUUGUCAGCGGCUCCUGUUGAGCAUGUGGAGACAUCCUCUUCCUGUGCUAACAUGAUUCAGAUACCCCCUUCUUCUGUGGCCACGGCGUUCAUGGAUGACGACAUGACCAGCAAACAUUUGUCAGCGGCUCCUGUUGAGCAUGUGGAGACAUCCUCUUCCUGUGCUAACAUGAUUCAGAUACCCCCUUCUUCUGUGGCCACGGCGUUCAUGGAUGACGACAUGACCAGCAAACAUUUGUCAGCGGCUCCUGUUGAGCAUGUGGAGACAUCCUCUUCCUGUGCUAACAUGAUUCAGAUACCCCCUUCUUCUGUGGCCACGGCGUUCAUGGAUGACGACAUGACCAGCAAACAUUUGUCAGCGGCUCCUGUUGAGCAUGUGGAGACAUCCUCUUCCUGUGCUAACAUGCUUCAGAUACCCCCCUCUCCUGUGGCAACGUCAGUCAUGGAUGACUGCAUGACCAGCAAACAUUUGUCAGCGGUUCCUGUCGAGCAUGUGGAGACAUCCUCUUCCUGGGUUAACAAGGCAUUCAAAUCCAGGAUUGCUAAACUGAAACUGCACCAUGACCAAUGUUUGAAACGUUACAUGUCUUCAGAGGAAAAACGCGGUGCAAUUGAAAGUCAGCGUACUCUCCUCUUGCAUCAGUUUCCACACCUUGAUAAGCAGCUCCAACAGUUGGAUAAUGACCAACAAGUUGGCUCAAGUGAAUCAACUGAUCACAGCAGUCACACAGAUGGCAGUGAUGUUGAUUAUAUACCUGACACUGAGGGAACUGGCUCUGAUUCCGAUGACAGCAUUCCUUUGUCCACCCAAAGCACACCAUUGAAUUCAAAAUUUCCUCUGUUAUCAUCAACAAUAUGGGACAGUCUAAGGAAAAAGAGUACGACCAUUCGACAUGUGAAAAAGCGAUGCACAGUUAGCCCAGAGAAAGAAAGCAGCUCGAAAAUCAGUUCAAGGAAGAAGAAGAGGCGAUUCAGCCCAGAGAAGGAAAGCAACUUGAUAUUCAGCCCAGAGGAGGAAAGCAGCUCGACAUUCAGCCCAGAGAGGGAAAGCAGCUCGACAUUCAGCUCAAAGAAGAAGAAGAGGCGAUUCAGCCCAGAGAAGGAAAGCAGCUUGAAAAUCAGUUCAAAAAAGAAGAGGCAAUUCAUCCCAGAGAAGGAAAGCAACUUGACAUUCAGCCCAGAGAAGGACAGCAGCUCGACAUUCAGCCCAGAGAAGGACAGCAGCUCGACAUUCAGCCCAGAGAGGGAAAGCAGCUCGCAAAUCAGUUCAAAAAAGAAGAGGCGAUUCAUCCCAGAGAAGGAAAGCAGCUCGACAUUCAGCCCAGAAAAGGAAAGCAGCUCAACAUUCAGCUCAAAGAAGAAGAGGCGAUUCAGCCCAGAGAAGGAAAGCAGCUUGAAAAUCAGUUCAAAAAAGAAGAGGCGAUUCAUCCCAGAGAAGGAAAGCAGCUCGACAUUCAGCCCAGUGAAGGACAGCAGCUCGACAUUCAGCCCAGAGAAGGAAAGCAGCUCGACAUUCAGCUCAAAGAAGAAGAAGAGACGAUCAAUAUUCAGUCCGUCGAAACAUAGCAGCUCAACCUUCAGCUCAGAAACGGAAAGCAGCUCAGCAGUCAGCCCAGUGAAGGAAAGGUCGAUUCAUGUGGCGUCUACCUCAAAUACUGGAAGACGUAGAGUGUAUGACAAAAGGAACUAUUGCAUUUAUUGCUCCAAGGCAACAUCAAAAAUUGCUCGACAUCUUCAGACUGUCCAUGCUGACAAAGCAGACGUUGCAAAAGCAUUUUACUACCCAAAACAAUCCAAAGAAAGACAAGUUCGGCUCACCAUUCUACGCAACAGAGGAAACUUUGCCCAUAAUAUAAAUGUGGUUAGAAAUGGAACUGGAUAUCUUGCUGCACGUUACCGUACGCAGAAGAAAAGAAAUGGUACAGAUUUUAUUCAUUGUGCUCACUGCCAAGGUCUUUACUCAAAAAAAACAUUGUGGAAACAUGUCAAAGUGUGUCCUGAGAAGACCAGAGAGGAUGCACCCCAAGUUGGAAGAAAGAGAGUCCGAUCCCUAUGUGCUCUUACCACACCCGUCAGUCUUGAGGUUAGUGAUGGACUCCAGAAAAUUCUCACUCACAUGAACUAUGAUGACGUGUCACAAGUUGUCCAGAAUGAAAAAUGUAUCCUCCAACUGGGACAAUACAUGUUCAACAAACUAAAGAACAAAGGAAACAACAAUGAUGACUACAUCAGGCAAAAGAUGAGAGAAGUGGGAAGACUGCUCUUUGUAGCUCAAAAGAUUACCCCUCUGAAGAAGAUGGAAGAGUUCUUCAUCCCCAAAAACUUUCCUCAUGUGAUUCGUGCAGUGAAAGAGGCAGCGGGAUACAAUGCUGAAACCAAUACAUAUUGCACUCCAUCCUUAGCCCUCAAGCUUGGCCACAGUCUCAAGAAAAUUUCUAGUAUUGUUGAGAGCAAUGCUAUGAUGCUUGAUGAUCACACCACUGCAGACCAUGCUAAAAGUUACAGGGCUAUACACGACACCAGAUGGGAAGAGUUCAUCUCCUCAGGAGCACUGAAUACUCUUAAAGAGGCCAAGUGGAAUGUGCCACCGGUGUUACCAUUCACUGAAGAUGUGAAACAACUGAAUUUUCACAUGGAAAAUGACCAAUUACUUUUGGAGAGGAUGCUAAGGAUCUCCCCUACUCCAGAAAACUAUGCCGCCCUGGCUAAAGUAACGCUUGCUUUAGCCAUCACAUUCAACAGGAGAAGAGCAGGAGAGGUAUCUCGCAUGUCACUGGCUGCUUUUCGGUCCCGGAACAAAUCAGUGUUGCAUGAAGACGUGGCUGAAUGUCUGACAACAUUUGAGAGGAAGAUGUGUGACUUUUUCGCGAGGGUGGAGAUCCGAGGGAAACGUGGGAGAAUGGUCCCUGUCCUUCUGAAACCAUCAAUGGUAUCUGCAAUGGAGCUGCUUGCUGAGAAAAGGGAGAGCUGUGGUGUACUCCGUGAGAAUUUAUUCAUGUUUGGGAGACCAGAAGCUUUGUCAGCCUACAGAGGGGGAGAAUGUCUUCAGAAAUAUGCCAAACUCUGUGGUGCCAAACAUCCUGAAGCACUGACCUCAACGAAGCUCAGAAAACAUAUUGCAACAAUGUCACAGAUCUUGAACCUUGAUGAAAAUGAGUGUGACCAACUUGCUGACUUCUUAGGCCAUGACAUUCGGAUACACAGACAGUACUACCGUCUGCCUCAAGGAACUCUGCAGCUCGCUCGGAUGAGCAAAGUGCUGCUGGCUAUGGAGAAGGGCACUGUGUCGCAGUACAAAGGGAUGAAGCUGGACGACAUUGAAAUCGACCCUGAAGAGAAAGUACCACACUCGCAUGAAGAAGAGGAUGAUUCAAGUGAUGAAGAGGGGCUUAGUAGCACUGACAUGGAGCACACAAAUCCUGGCUUCGAUGUAUCAUCUUCAGAACCAGCACCUGCUACUCCUCCCACACAAGAACCAGCAAGAAAAUCCAGACGCAAAUGGGAAGCAGAAGAAGUGAACGCGGUUGAGAGACACCUGAUGAAGUUCAUUGAAACUUUCACUGUUCCAGCAAAACACAACUGCAUGAUCUGUUUGAAAAGUGAACCACUGGCCUUAAAAAAACGGACAUGGACAGAUGUCAAAAAUUAUGUGCGAAAUAGAAUCACAGCUUUGAAGAGACAGACAAGCAUCUAGAGAGACUUUUUUUUUUGUCCUCGAUGCCUGUCGGCUAAAAGUUUGACAGAGUCAAACAUAAAAAAUGGUUUAAAUUGAUUAGACAGCAAAGCAAUUUGAAAAGAGUUCAAAUGUUAUAAAGUGAACAGCAAAAUUUUUUGAAAAGAGUUCAACUGAGAUGACUUGAAAUAAUAGAAAAGCAAGCUUGAAAAGAUUUUUUUUUUUUUUUUUGAGAGCAAUUAUGCAUCAAAUAAUUGUUGACUGGAGGUGUUGUGAUGUUGUGCUCCUUUUUCCAGAAUGUAAUCGUUCCUUUUGCCAAACAAAAGUCAGUAAUACAUUGCAUUUUCUUCAAACUUUGCUCCCUGUGCUGUGUGAUUGUGUGAAUUGCUCAAGUUAAAUAAUUGGGAGCUCACAAGCCAGAAGAUUUGAAUAUCACUGAGGUGGGAUAGUACAGAAACCAGUCCUUCAGUCUGGAGCGGUACAGAACUCUUAUCGAUAAAAACAGUUUAUUCACAGCUUGGUGUGAUUUAGACAGAGAAAUGAUUGACUCGUUAGCCCAGAUCAAAGAUCAUAAUCGACGUUUCAAGCUGUAAACGUCACUGGUGAGCAUAUUUUACACUUUUGCGAGGUUGUCUUGACUGUGAUUUAAAGAGCAUAAAGCAGUUUCCUGCUCUGAAAUUUUGCUUUGUGCCGCAGUGGUGAUAUAACUUGCAGCUUGAUGGUUUGGAUUUGUAAUUGGUUGCGGUAAAACAGGGUUAUAAGCCACUUCUGAGAACUAAAACGCUGUCACUGGUAAUGCAACUUAAACUUACGUUAAUGCCCUUGUUGCAUUAACGUGUGCUGAUGAUCUGAUUAAUGAGGUACUUUGAGUUAAGAUUCACUGAUGAAAUCUUUGCAUGUUAGUGUGCAUUGUGCCCCACCAGACUUCCUGUGCUUGAGAUGCCACUGGCAAUUUGUAACUUUUAAGAUAAGUAAUGAAUGGAGACUCAAGAGUUUAUUAAUCUCUUUAUUAGGAUAUCCCAGGAAAAGUUUAAACAGAACAUACUUUUUGGUAACCCAAACUGCAAACACUUCAUAUAUGGAACAGAAUAAGGGGUAGAAGAUUCUUAAGUUGCUGAAACCAUUCUUGUUUGAAAUAGGAUCCCAAAGGUGAUCUCCGUCAGACUUUGUGUAUAACCUAAGUCCCCAAUUAUAACAUAAAUAAUAUUUGUCCCCAGAGUCCAGGUUUAAAAUCACAGUGGACAAAAUAAGCUUUAAUUGAAUAUAUCAAGUGAUCCUGGUAAUGUGGACAUCCUCCACCCUUUGAAAAUGUUUUCAGCUUCUCUCUAACCCAUUCAGAAAGUGGUGCUCCCUAAAGUGGGGUGUUCUGUCAUGCGACCCCAGAGGUGGCCUAAGUAGGUAUAGGUGUGUGUGUGUGUGUGUGUGUGUGUGUGUGUAUACAUAUAUGUAUAUAUAUAUAUAUAUAUAUAUAUAUAUAUAUAACAAUUCAAUAUAAUGAUGGCCAGAA